AUCAACGUUAUAAUAAAAGCCGAGUCAAAAAUUAUCAACAUGGUAAUGACAAUGAUGAAAGCCGAGUCAUAAAAGUAUCAACAUUAAAAUGAAAAUAAAAGCCGAGAAAGAGCUCUUAGCUUGUCAAUAAAGUUAGGAAUCCUUAACCUGUAAAUAGUUUGUCAAUAAAGCUAGGGAUUCUUAACCUAACCUUGUCAAACCCUGCGUAAAAAAAAAAGUAUCAUCAUUAUAAUGAAAAUGAUAAAAGCCGAGUCAAAAAUCAGUUGGGCAGGUGGGACCCACCACUGGUGCUCUCGCUCACUCUCGCCAUCACAAACAACAAUGAACUCAGCCAGCAAAGUGGGUGAGAUUUUCUUGGCUGCAGGGACAGCUUUUAAUAAAUUGGCAGAACUCACAAUGCAGCUUCACCCAACAGCUGAGCAGUCACCUGCAGGCACAAAAUGGACUGAUGAAGAAAUAGAAAUGCUGCGAUCAUCUGUGAAAAGAUUUGGGGAUGAUCUUAACGUUAUCAGUCAGAGGAUAAAGUCACGUACGGU